CUUCUAGUAUUGAGGUGACCUUGACCUCUGCAUAUCUCCACUCUCCUAAAAGUGGCUCAUGUUAGGCCUAGGCCAAACUAUGGUUUGAUAUCGUACCUACGCUCAAAAGAAUCAUGCCAUAAUUGACUCUAUUAAGCACUUGUUAUAGAAACCUGUUUUACGAUUGAAGGAUACAUGAUAUGCCUUUAUAGUAGGACAUCAUCCAUUUUAAUGUAGACUUUAUCGGAUUGUGGCUAAAAUGUAGUUGGUAACUUUAGAAUGGCUAACAAUGGCAAGACUCCACUCCAACGAUAGUUUGAAGGAAAAACUUCAGGAAGAUUUCUUGUCUUGUAAGAUAUGUCUUGAACCGUUACGGCGCCCAAAGGCCCUGCCUUGCUUGCAUUCAUUCUGUGAGCUAUGUCUCAAGGAUUAUGUCAGACGCAACCCCGGCAAUCAGCCAGGCUACUUUCCUUGCCCUAUGUGUCGCAAGAGCACACAAGUGCCGCGUAUAGGGGUUGAAGGCUUCCCUGACAACUUCAUUCUGCUAAGCUUGGCAGACACCAUACAAGAGGAAAGUUGGGAUCCUCCUGGUGUCAGCAACUAUAAGAACCAGACGUCGCCGCCUAGAAACCUGUACCCGCCUUCGCCUAGAGAACAGAGGCACAGGGCUCAUGAUUGGUAUUUCGGAAAAGUGAGCCGAAAUGCUUCAGAAGAGUGGCUUCUAGCUCCUGAUUAUCCUAAGGGAACAUUUUUGAUUCGUUUAGGAGAGAUGUCUCCGGAUACUUAUACCCUUAGUGUACGAGACUGUGAUGAGCUUCGUGGGUAUUUAGUCAAGCACUAUAAGAUAAUCACCAAGAAAACCAAUGAUGGUAAAGAAUGCUACUUCAUCACAAAGCAAAGAGUAUUUCAGUCACUGCAAGAUCUGGUCAAACACUAUCAAGAUUCAGCUGAUGGAUUGUGUUGUAAACUUGUGUCAACAUGUGUCAAACCCCGAUCCUUAAUAUGGGCUAUGGAACGUGGUAAAGAUGAUGAGUUUGUAACAGACAGAAAUACUUUGCAUCUAAUUAAAAAGUUGGGCAGUGGCCAGUUUGCUGAAGUUUGGCUUGCAAAAUGGCAAGGCUCAACAGAUGUAGCUGUCAAAAUACAAAACAUUAACUGUGUGACAACUGCAGCAUUUCUUGACGAGGCACAAAUUUUAAAAACUCUCCAGCACCCAAAUAUUUUAGAGCUGCGUGGUGUAUGCAGUCAAAUAGAGCCAGUCUAUCUUCUAAUGGAAUACAUGCCCCGAGGGCAGUUGUCUAAAUACCUCAGGGAAAUGGGAACAAGUCUUGCCCUCUCACAGUUAAUACACUUUGGUGCUCAGAUAGCAGAUGCAAUGGCUUACAUGGAGAAAGAAAAGUUUGUACAUAGGAAUCUUGGUGCCCGUAAUAUACUUGUUGGAGAGAAUAACAGAAUAAAAGUAGCAGGCUUUGGUAUGACUAAAGCAGUGGAUGACCCAGACUUCAAUUUCAGAAGAGGUCUGAAAAUGGCAAUAAAAUGGAUGGCACCUGAAGUCUUGUUAUACAACAAGUACAGCACUAAGGCAGAUGUUUGGUCUUUUGGCAUAGUCCUAAUGGAAAUAUUUACACAAGGAAAAGAACCAUAUGAAGAUAAGGCCAGCAAAGAAGCUUUUGAAAGUGUCCAGGAUGGUUAUCGCAUGUCCAAGCCAGAUAACUGCCCACAGGAAGUCUAUGAUAUAAUGCUGGCGUGUUGGCAGAGUAAUGCUCACUCUCGUCCCUCUUUCGACUUUCUCAACACAUUUCUACAUGACUUUGAGAGCUGACAGCAUUAGAAGUGCUCUGUUUCAAAUUUUCAUCAACUGGCUUAUUUCAAAGCCUAAGCUCUAAGUGUAACCCCAAUGCUAUGAUAAAUGCAUUGAUGGUUUUAAUUCCUGAUGCACUGUUUGGGAAUACUUGCAAAGCAACCAAGGCCUAUGGAACGGUUCUAACUGCUGGGGACCUGUAAUUGAAAACAAAACACCACCAGGAUUGAAAUUACUACACAGGACACACCAUGAUAAGGAUAAAUUUACCAUGCUGUGGUGAAAUUAAUUUUGCAAAUAUGACAUUCAGGGUACAACACAAUGUCAUUUAUCUCUCAACAAGGAGUAAUACAAAUACAUCAUCACCCUUACCAUCAUCACACAAGUAUCUUGUGGUUUUGGUAAAACUUAUUCACAAAGUUCAAAUUAUUUUAUUCAAAUAACUGAAUCAAACCUGAAGAAGGUGAUUAAUGUAACAAGUAGCAUAAUGGUUUAAAUGAAAAGAUUCUUCUUAUUUACAAACACAUGGAGAACUGAGUAAAUAUUUCUUUGAAAAAGGUGCGGACUGGAGCUAGUUAAAGAUGAAUUAAGAAUGGCCCAGCCUUCUAUUGGCAGUGUAGAAAGUUCAAGAUGAGUUAAGAAUGGUGCCAGUCUGCUAUGGACCAUGUAGAAAGAUAAUCAAGCUAGAUAGAUAUGUUGUCCACAGCCCAGCUAACUGGUUUGUUCACUGUUGUUGUUGCAUGUUGGUCUGUUCAAGCACUCAUUGAAGGACCUGAAGCAAAUUUAGUUAACCUUCUAGUAUUAUACAUACUUCUUUUUUUUUUUUUUACUGUUGCCAAUCAUUAAGUUCAUUGAAAAAAUUUAGAACCAUGACAUUGUAGAUAUGGUGAAUUGCAUGUAUGGUGAUAUUAUUUAACACAGUUUCAGCACACCUAAAUUAGAUUUUUAUAUUAAAUGUUUUGUUGAGCUGAAAAUAUUUUUUUUAUUCUUUAAUAUGGUUCAUUUCAUCAACAUUGAGGCAACAUACUACUGACAUUUUUAUGACAUGUAUUUUAGUUACCAAUAUACAUGAUUAUACACUUAUUGUUUACUCCUAAUUAAAUUUGCAUAAAAUACUGUUGAAGUGUUUGCAUAAAUCUUGCAAUUUGAAUAUUAGAGCAUAUUAACGCCUGGCAGCUUGAUGCUGUAUCAUUCUAAACACUUGGUCUUUGAUUUUGGGCAGCAAAUAUAAUAGACUUUCAUCUUUUAAAUAGACUUUCUUCAAAAUCAAUUUUAUUUAACUGUUUUGUUAAAAUGUGCUCAUGCAAUUUCGAUAUGCAAAGCUGCCCAAAAUGUGUGGGGUUUACUGUUUACUUAACAACUCCCUUUUUAUGCUCAAAACAUGAAAUCUAUGCAUAAAUCUUGAAGCAAAAGCAAUGUUAUCUAUUUAAAAUGCAUUUUGUUUAGGAAAACUUGAAUUAGCUAUUUUUGCCUGUACAUGAGCUCCAAAAUAAUUUCAAUAAAAGAAUAUGUUGAUUGUUGUUAAAAAAAAUUGUUUACUAGACUUCAGUUUUAUAUUACACAACAGU